GUCCAACACUGGUUGACAGUUUAAAUGAGAAUUCACAUUUGAAGUCAUUAGUAAAGUUUUAGAUUUUACAGCAAAAACUGAUCAAUUUUAAGAUAUUUAUUCAUUGACAGAAGCCUUUAUAAAUUAUAAUUGGGACAUAUUUGAAAAUCCUGCCCAGGAACUCUGACAAUCGUUGCAGGAAUGCUGUGUUUCACUGUCCGUGUGAGGCAGGAGUGGAUGAUCAUUCCCUGUAAAGACCCUUCCCUUAAUAUUCACUGGUUGGGACAAGAGGCUCUGACACGCUACAGAGAGAGGCAAGUGUACUGUGGUGAUCUGCACUGCAUAGAUGAUGUGAAGUUCUCAGUGAGACGCUGUCAGGGACUGGGUCUGCUGGAUCCUGGGGACACUAUCAGGGAUGUCCUCGAAAACAACGAUUUCGUCCAGAUUGUUAUCCAAGGGGACACUGAUGAAAUUGAUCCACUGACGUCUGACAUGGUCUCUCAACAACAUCAAGAGGCUCAGCAGUACAUUGACUUUGAUGGAAAUAGCUUAACGACAGAACAGCUUGUUCAGCUUGGUGAAGCAUGCUAUAAAAUCAAGCUUACCUCAGAAGCAGAAAGGAGGGUCAAUGAAUCGAGGGGCCUUGUGGAAAAAAUCGUCAAUAAAGAACAAGUGGAGUAUGGAAUAAACACAGGUUUCGGGAAAUUUGCCAGGACUGUUAUCCCCCGCGAGAAACUCAAAGAGCUACAGGAGAAUGUUAUCCUCUCUACAGCAGUAGGUGUCGGGGAUCCCUUGUCCCCAAAGAGGACCCGGAUGCUGCUGGCUCUCCGAAUCAAUGUCCUCGCUAAGGGUUACAGUGGAAUCUCUUUAGAGACCCUCAAUCAAAUGAUCCAGGCAUUUAAUGCUUCCUGCCUCUCCUACGUCCCAGAGAAGGGGACAGUCGGUGCCAGUGGCGAUCUCGCUCCCCUUGCCCAUCUUGGUCUGGGGCUGAUGGGUGAAGGCAAAAUGUGGUCACCCAAAAGUGGCUGGGCAGAUGCCAAAUACGUUUUGCAAGCUCAUGGUCUCCGGCCAAUUUCACUGAAAGCAAAAGAGGGACUGGCCCUGAUCAAUGGCACUCAGAUGAUCACGUCGCUCGGUGCAGAGGCAGUGGAGAGAGCAACGGCGAUAGCCAGACAGGCAGAUAUCAUAGCAGCUCUCACCCUGGAAGUUCUGAAAGGCACCACCAGAGCCUUUGAUAGUGACGUCCAUGACCUCCGACCUCACCCAGGCCAGAUAGAAGUAGCUGCUCGGUUCCGGUCAGUCUUGCAUUCCGACGUUCAUCCAUCUGGAAUUGCAGAAAGCCACCAGUUCUGUGGCCACGUCCAGGAUGCCUAUACCCUUCGCUGCUGCCCGCAGGUCCAUGGGGUGGCCAAUGAUACGAUCAGAUUUGUGAAAUCGAUUCUGGUGACUGAAAUGAACAGUGUCACUGAUAACCCAAUUGUGCUUGUGGGCAGAGGUGAAGUUAUUUCAUGUGGGAAUUUCCAUGGCGAAUAUCCUGCCAAAGCCCUUGACUACCUGGCGAUUGGUGUCCACGAGUUGGCAUCAAUUAGCGAGAGGAGGAUCGAGAGACUGUGUAACCCAUCCCUGAGUGGACUGCCUGCCUUCCUGGUUAGUGAUGGGGGCCUGAACUCAGGCUUCAUGAUGCCUCACUGUACAGCGGCCGCAUUAGUGUCCGAGAACAAAGUGCUGUGUCAUCCAUCCUCUGUUGACUCUCUGUCCACCAGCGCUGCCACUGAGGACCAUGUCUCCAUGGGUGGAUGGGCUGCCAGGAAAGCAUUGAGAGUUAUUGAACACGUUGAGCAAGAUCUCCUCUCACUCUUCCAAACUCGAGUGAAUACUGGCCCGGUCAAACCAACCUCUCCUCCUAGGACAGUCCUGCCAUCCUGCCGGUGAACCUUCGCUGCACUCCAUCUAUGGAAAGUAUAUCCUUUCUCAUGUAGAGAGACCAAAGAUACACACAAUACUCCAGGCAUAGUCUCAUCAAGGCCCAAUAUAACUGUGGUAAGCUAUCCCUUCUUCUGAACUCCAAUCCUCUUACAACAAAGGGCAACAUACCAUUUGCCUUCCUAAUUGCUUGCUGCACCUGCCUGUCUACUUUCAUUGACUGGUGUACAAGGAUGCUCAGAUCACUUUGUACAUCCACACUUCCCAGUAUUUCAGUGUCUUAGAUAAUAGGACUCAGUACCAAUGAUGGCAAACAAGCUAAGCUUGAGGAGGAUGUGUAAUAUUAGACCAUGUCAUGUGAAAAAAGGAGAAAAGCUCACUUGGUCUAGUUUCAAUCCAUUACCCAGUUCUACUGCAGCCCCAGUCCCAACACUAACCUUAACCAAAUGUGAUGGGUACAUUUGUCUAGUACUUUAGCCAAUCAUUUCAUAUCUGUAUGUUUUAGAUAAUGAGGCUUCUGCCAAUUAAAAUACUUUCAUCUCCUUUACUCUAAAAAUACCCUUCAUAAUGUUGAUUACCCUAAUUUAGUUCUCCUUAACCCUCUGUACUCCAAAAAGACCAAUUCUUGCUUCUUGAGACCCUGAAGAUAACUGACAUUCAUUAGGGCCCCCUAUCAUAUUGCUCAGAAAGUCUGAGAUGUAAUGGUUACAUACACUUGUACGAGUGAUGAAACUUUGUGAUAUUAUUUGAAAACUCAGGUUCUAAAGUGGACUGAAGCAAGUAUAGUAGAUAACAAAGUGUGGAGCUGGAUGAACACAGCAGGCCAAGCAGCAUCUCAGGAGCACAAAACCUGACGUUUCGGGCCUAGACCUUUCGUCAGAGAGCCUGUGCUUUUUGUGCUCCUGAGAUGCUGCUUGCCCUGCUGUGUUCAUCCAGCUCCACACUUUGUUAUCUUGGAUUCUCCAGCAUCUGCUGUUCCCAUUAUCCCUGAAGGAAGUAUAGUUUUAGAUUUGAGUUGCAUUUCUAUAUUGUAGGGGACUAUAAGAAUGGUUUCAGGUUCUGUUUUUCAUCUUAGUGACUGGAGUCUGUUUAUUUGUAUUUAAUUGAAGUCUUUAAAAAGCCUUUGAGGUGAAUAGUUUAGUACUUUUGGAAACAAGGGUAGAAGAGGAAAAAAAGGACUCUGAUCAUGACAAGGUGUUAUAUGACACAAGGCGAAUGAGCCAGAAACAAAUUUCCUUUGCAGCAGAAAAAACCAUCUGAAGGGUAAUGAGUCUGAUGGUUUCUUUCAUAGACAGACGCAGGUCAUUCAGACAGGAAGGCUUCCAAGAGCAGCUGUGCUGAUUAGCAGUCUCCAGAAUGGUCAGGGCAGAAGGAAAUAACUCUGAAAUGGCUUCAAAGUUAAUAAGAAAAAAGCUCCAGAAACAGAGCUUAGAAGUGCCAAGAGAAAAGACUGAUGAAUGUACACAUUUUAUGAACAGGAAUAGCUUCUCCCUAGCUACUCUAUCCAACUCACUCAUGAUGUUCAAAACCUCUAUCAAAUCUCCUCUCAGUCUUCUUCCCUCCAAGGAGAACAUUCCCAACUUCUCUGAUCUAUCCUUAUAAUUGAUGCUUCUCAUUCCUGGAACAUUCUUGUAAAUCGCACUGUGCACACUCCAAUGCGUUCACAUUUUCCUCUAAUGCGGGGCUCACACUGAACACCACACUCCAGCUGAGGUCUAACAAGUGUCUUAUACAGCUCAGAUAUUGGCCCAAGCCUGGACAUUGUCCAGAUCUUAUUACAUUUGAACAUGAACUGCUUCAGUAUCUGAGGAGUUGUGAAUGGUGCUGAAUAUUGUGCAAUCAUCAGCGAAUAUCCCCGCUUUGGACCUUAUGAUGGAGGGAAGGUCUUUGAUUGCAGUGUUAUAAUCUUCAUCCUAAAUUUCCAUUUCGGUGUCAAAAUUCUCUAUUUCUGUCUGUGAUCCCCUCUGCUUUUCUGCAGUUGUUUCCUCAUUUAAACUCACCCAAACCAUUGGUCAGCUACUCUGGUAGAACAUUGCAAGAUUUUAUGUCAGAUUCCGCUUUAAAAUCACUCUCAUUUUAUGCCUUGUGGAGUUUCCUUAAGUUAUAGGUGCUAUUUAAAUAAAGGUUGCUCUUGCUGAUACUUCAAUUGUUUAAAUUAUUGGGUAAUCCAGAUUUGAAAUGGAAAGCUCGGGAUUAUGUGUGUGUAAUGGUUAGUGCCCAGCUUGUGAUAAGGGAGACUGGGAUUCAAGUCACUGUGGCAAGGCCAUGAUUUUAACUGUGGCCCAGUGGCUGGCACAAUCCAGUCUGAAUCAGGAGAUUGUGGGUUCAAGUCGCACUCUUGGUGUCAGUGCCCAAUUUAUAAUAAUUACAGGAAUUAAUAGCUUCAUGCACGCUGAAGUAAAGUGUUGAUCUCUCCUAUUGUCUCAAACCACUUGAAAAAUUGCACUUUAUACAAAGGCCCAUUCCAUAAUCUUGUUUACAGACUGGUGAGCAGAUUGAUUACUCAUUAUCUAUGAUCUCUUCUCAAGGUCAAUGUGAAUAAAGGAGAGUGAGAGAGGCGUCAAUUGGGGGGAACUCUCUGCUGGUUAGAAUCAUACCUGGUGCAAAAGAAGAUGGUUGUGGUUGUUAAAGGUCAGCCAUCAUAGCUCCAGGGGAGAUGUCAAUAUAUUUGAGAGAAUGCGGGAGUGAUUUACAGGAAUAGUUUCAGGUCUAGCAAGUGUCUUAAACAACAACGAUACCUUACCAUAAUGACUCCUUCUUUGGCACAGUGCCAAUAUGUUGUUGAUAACAUUCCUCAGAAACUUAAAGGCACUCUAUAAAUAUAAAGUUGGUAAGUUGGUAUCAGACUGAAUUGGCUAAAAGUUAGAUUGACAAUUCUAAAUUUAACUCCUCUGUGAGAUCAAUUUUCUUCCAGUUCUUGCUAUCGAGCUCCUUGCAGCAUGUCAGGGCCUCGAGUUUCUGCGCCCACUGCACACAACGGAGCCAUUGGAGAGGGUCUACAAGCUGGUUCGCUUAGCGG